AUGGGCAGAAGAAAAAUCGAGAUCCAGCCAAUCAAUGACGAGCGGAACAGAACUGUAACGUUCGUGAAGCGAAAAGCCGGGCUGUUCAAAAAGGCCCACGAGCUCUCGAUUCUUUGCAAAGUCGACAUCGCCGUGAUCAUCAUCGGCCACAACCACAAAGUCUACGAGUACUCGUCCAACAACCCGCAGGCGGUGAUAGAGAAGUACCAGCGGUCUGGACAGACUCAGGAGUCGAAAAGACCGCAAGAUUACGGCAAUUACAAGUUAGUUUCGAGAGUCUCGACUAAGAAGGGAGCCAGAACCGACAACAGACACGUGAAGCAGGAAUCCGUGGACGAGGAUGGGUCUGACGACCAAAACCACUCCGAGUUGGACGGAGACGAGGACGACGACGCUGACUACGAGGAAACUCCAAGUAAGAAACGCAAGCUCUCCAGAUCAGUGUCGUCUGAGGAUCGUCCACGAAGACCAACAUUUGUGCCGCCCAAGGAGGCCUCCGCGAUGCCGUUGAACGCCAAGCUGUCCAAGCGGCCGCUCCUGAGUUUGCAGAUUCCUAGCAACGACAGAGCGAACUCAGACAGCGACAUCACGGUGACAGCUCUGGAAUCGGGCCAGCUGAACGAGAACAAGGAGGGCGGAGACUCUGGCGCUGCGCCUGCGCGGACCUCGCAGAACGGGAAAAAAGUGAGCAUUGCUGCAACCCCCACAUCCAACACGUUCUUGCCGGGGCUCAACAUCAUGACUCAACAGAACACUCAAAACCCGCUCGAUCAGUCCAACUCCUCCAACAAAUCGACUCCUGUGUCGGCGACGCUGCCCCACGGGCUCUUUUCCUCGCUCCCGCAAAUGUCGCCGACACAGAUCCUCCCAACUCCGGUUUUUCCUCUGGGCCCGCAACAACAGCAAUUAAUGCAGCAGCAGAAUUUUGCACCUUACAGCGCCAAAUUCCCGCCAAAGUCAUCCACGGGGCCGCCUCCCUUCUUCAACUACACAGGAGACACACCCUUGCUCCCUUCGGGACUCUCUUCGCGGUAUCUUGACAUGUUCCCCUCGCCCAAUGUAUAUUAUAGCCAGGAGUGGCCUAUGCCGAUGGGGACAGGAAAUCCGCCCGUGCAAAACCCAGGAGGCCCGCCAGGCCCCGGGGCCAACGGCCAGCCCAAUCAUCAUGUGCCGCAGCAGCUAAAUCAACAACAGGGAUGCGCCAAUAACGGCGACUCUGGACAGAAAGGCGGCUCUGCUUCGUCGUCUGGCACCGCGUACGGUGGCCCGACAAGCAGCAGCGGCACACAGGGGCAGGAGGGGAAUUUCUCGACGCUGACGAGCCCGCUACAAGUAAUCGGCUCGGCGAUCUACAACCAGGCUGCCCAGGCUGCUGAGCGACGAGAGGAGGAGAAAUAA